UCAGAAAGUAAAGUAGGCCGCGAGUGGAAGCCUCCCAGUGUGUGUGUGUGUGUUUGUAGGUGGGACGUGUGUAUAAACAGGUGGAGCUCAGAGGAGCCUCUUCCUGUCAGCAAACACAACUCCAUCACACAGUGACACAUGUGAUCUGUGACCUUAUGCCACGACAUCCGUGAACAUCAGCAGCUCUGACACCAUCAUCAUCAUGAUAAAGAAGAGAACAUUGACUGUCCUGCUGUCCAUCACACCUCUCUCAGAGGCGUCGACGUACUUAUAUGACCCCAGAUACUGUUACAUUCUCGAUGGUUUUCUGCUCAUCUACGGCAUCAUCAUCACCGCUUUCUUUGUGCGCGAGCGGUUCACGAAAAAGACAAAUAAACCAGAGGAAUCGCCGUACCAGGCCAUCAAUAAGAGCGGCCGGGAUGUGUACGAUGUCAGAAACCAAAGACAGGCCGAAGAAGCUCGUGGGGGUCGCAGGAGAGGAGAAGAUGCAUACAUGCCUCUGCAGAAGAAAACAGACGACACGUAUCGUGAGAUUGAAGUCAAACCUGAUCGACACCGGCGGGGUGAUCAGGUGUAUCAGGGUCUGAGCUCAGGGACGAGGGACACGUAUGAUGCUCUGCACAUGCAGUCUGUUGCUUCAGCCCGUUAAACUCUGUUUUUCUACAAUCCCUCUGUACAAUCUAUACAGUCCACUGUCUCUCACAUCGUCAGCUGUACGUGUUGGUUUGUUUUCAAUAACUGAUAUUAAGUGUUAUUUUCAUCAGUCCUUGUUUUACAAUGAUGUAUAAAUCUUCAUAGUGAGCACACACACACACAGAAAAAUAUCAAAGUAUAUUUAUAUACCGCAUAAAAUUAAACGAGGUUUUAGAAGAAUUAAAAAUGCUAACUCAUUACUGUAAUGCAUCUGAACCUCAGUUUUCUUUAAUUCAUUCUUAUCGGUCAUUAAUUCUCCAAUACAACAAACACUGUCAUAAUAUUUACAUUCAUUACAGUAAAAAGAAUUGUGUUUGUCAUGAACUACAUGACAAAAAAUCCUCUGGAUGUUUUUGAUACUUAUAAAAAUGUUCAUGAGUGUUUGCUUUUGUAUUCACACUCAGGAAUGAGCGGUGGGUGUAAAAGAUCGAUUUCAUGUUAACAAUCAUAAUCAGAUUAAUAUAUUAUUUCAAUUUAUUAUAGCCCAACAACAGUCAAGCCAAACGUGAGUUUAUUUAUCAGAAUUUCAGGAUCCAAGUGUCUUUAAGUCAGAUUUCAACACUGUGUUUUUUCUUUAUGAAACAUUAUUGCCACACACACACAGUCGUGUACUGUAGUUCAUUUAUUUCACAGCUGUCGGACAAAAUGUUUUAUCGUUUUACUGUGAUUUCUGUAGCAUAAUUCUGCUUUAGUCUUUCAAACUGAGAAUUUUAAAAAUCUGUGGUUGUUAAAUUGUUUGUUUGAGGUUUUCAAAUGUUAUACAAAUAAAAUCGUUUUUCUCAUGUCAUUCAUUUUGUUCACCAGUUUAUAUACUUUUACACAGGAGCUGAAAGAAAAACUUGAGCAGACAAAUACAACAAUCUGAGAAAACAAGCAUUUAAUGAAACGGUUUUAUAACACAACAAACUAAUGUGAUAAUUAAAUACAUCAGUCAAACAUGAAUCUGUGUAAGAUCGAGUCAACAAAUGCCUUUAAAAGCACAAAUUUGGAAUAAGUCCGAUAACGUUAGUGAACAUACAGUACAGCCCUUCUGUUAAGUUUCUAUAUUAAAAAAAAACAUUAUUAUUUCACACAAUAAACGCAAAUAUUUGUGGCUUCAUAUUCCACCACAUGCAG